UUAAAAAAGUUCAAGUGGAACGUCUAAAAAUAAAUGGACGCUUACGACGUUAUAAAACGAAGAUAAAAUGAAAGAAACUCCGCCCAUUCGUGUAACCAAUCAGAAUAUGGACACACAAAUUCAUCUCUAGUAUUUGUUUAGAGGCCGACCUCUUUUGUCGUUUCCCGCGUAUUAUCCUGUCAUUGCGUGACGUUUUUUUUAUUAGCUGCCAGUGUUAGUGUAAUCGUUUUAUAUGGUAAAGAAAAAGAAAUAUAUUUUUAUUCUGUGUUAAUAGUGAAUAACCGUAAUAUAAAAAAGUGAUGUGAUAUUUCUACAUCGUGACUGUUUGUGAUAAUAUAAUAAAUAUUAUAGAUAUGUCGAGUUACGGCAGUACCACUCCCCCAGACGAAGGCUUUGAUAGAUAUGAGCCGCCAUUUUACUGUCAACAAACACAUCAAGGUAGUCCAAUGGAUGGUGGCAUCUACUGGCCCAAUGCGGGGGAAGUUCACGAGUUCGAUUCCCAAGAUAUGUAUCACGAAACGAAUUUCAUCAGCAGAAAUUAUGGCUACGACGAAAUGCAAGUAUCGAAUGAGUCGUACGAAGGAUUCCAUCAUAAUAUCAUACAUCAUAACUUUUCACAAAAUGCAGGAAUAGACUGCGACAUGCAAUCUCUGCCACGCUACGACCGCGCGCAGCCGUCGUUCGUCCGAGUUGUCAAACGGAGAACCACAGCUAAUAAAAAGGAAAGACGACGAACACAGAGUAUAAACACAGCGUUCACAGACUUGAGGGAGUGUAUACCUAAUGUGCCGCCGGAUACGAAGCUGUCAAAGAAAGAAAGACGUCGUACUCAAAACAUAAACACAGCAUUUACUGACCUAAGGGGCCGUAUACCUAAUGUCCCGCCCGAUACAAAACUGUCAAAGAUAAAGACACUGCGACUGGCGACAUCGUACAUCUCUUACUUAUUGAAGGUGUUAGAGAGUGACGGCGAACCUGCGGGCGGCUUCAGAGCCGAGUUGCACCACAAUCCACCACGCAGACGGACAAAUGAACAUGGACAGAACUCAGACAAGAAGGGCAAAGGUAGGACGGGAUGGCCGCAGCACGUUUGGGCCUUGGAGCUGAAGAGCGAACAGAACCUUCAAAGCUGAACAUAGAAGAACUUUUAGUGGUAUUAGGAAUAUAUAAAAAAAAAAUGUGUGUGUGUCAGCUACGACGAACGAUUGGAGUUUACUCCUUACGAACGAUAAUUAUGAUAUAUAUCGAAUAGAAAAAAAGGGUAAAUGAACGCAUCUGCUAAAAUGAUAAGAGAAACAAACAUAUAUCUGUAAUUAUUCGGAUUAUUUAUAUUACUUCAAUAAAGCGUAAUUCAUAAAGUAUGUUACAAAACAAUAUAAAUAAUAAUAAUAAUAAUAACAAAGAGGAGACUC